GCAACGACCAUCAAAGAAGCUCUAGCCAGAUGGGAAGAGAAAAGUGGCCAGAAGGCUUCAGAGGCAAAGGAAGUGAAACUGUAUGGGCAGGUUCCUCCUGUGGAAAAGAUGGAUGGCGCUCUCUCCGCUCUUGUUAACUGCGAGAAACUGUCACUGUCUACAAACUGCAUUGACAGAAUCGCCAACUUGAACAACCUAAAAAAUUUGAGGAUUCUGUCUUUGGGAAGAAAUAACAUAAAGAACUUGAAUGGAUUGGAGGCAGUUGCUGAAACUUUAGAGGAGCUGUGGAUCUCAUACAACUUAAUUGAGAAACUAAGGGGUAUCCGUGUAAUGAAGAAGUUGAAAGUUCUUUAUAUGUCAAAUAAUUUGGUGAAAGACUGGGCAGAGUUUGUGAGACUGGCAGAGCUGCCAGUACUAGAGGAGCUGGUGUUUGUAGGCAAUCCACUACAAGAGAAAUUUGCUGCUGAUCAGAACAGUUGGAUUGAAGAAGCAACCAAACGGGUACCCAAGCUGAAAAAACUGGAUGGUACCUUAGUUGUUAAAGAAGAAGAGGAAGAAGGAGCAGAAGGAGCAGAAGGAGGAAACUGA